AUGGGUAAGAGAAGCAAAAAUAGUGAAGAAAGAAGGAAGAAGUUCAAAUCAGACGCCGAUUCAUUGUUGAGUGGAUUCGGCAAUGUUGAAGAUGUGGAUGAACUAGGAGAAGAUUGGGAUAACGAAGAACAAAGCUAUGAACUUAAACCCCGUAAUGUAGAUGAUCAAGUCAUCGAGUCACUUCCCAUUAAAAUAGGAAACAAAAUUGAAAGACAACAAAGAGAAGUAACAAAAGAAAAGGAAGAAGAACCACAACCAGAAGCUAAAGAAGAAAAUGAAGCUGAAAAAAAGAUAGCAAAAGAAGAAGAUGAGGCAGAUAAAUUUGACGACACAUUAAAUCCUAAAGAAAGAUUAGUAAAAAUGAAAGAAGAGAUAGCAAAUUUGGCUUCCAAAUUAAUGGAAGACCCAGAAGAGAAUAUCAAUUGCUUAACAAGGUUGCGUAAAAUGUCCAUGUCAAGAAAUUUUGUCUUGAGUCAAUUAUCAAUUAUCUCAUUGAUUCCAGUUUUCAAGAAUUUGUCACCGAGUUACAAGAUCAGAGCAUUGACCGACGCCGAAAAGAGAACAAAAGUAUCAAAGGAAGUUGCUAAGUUAAGAAUUUUUGAACAAUCUUUGAUCUAUAACUACAAAAUUUUCAUAGACCACUUAGGGAAAUUAUCCAAGGUAACUAGAUCGAACAGUGAAAACAACAAGAAAAUCACAAACGAGCAAGUCAAAUUGGGAGAGAUCAGUAUCAAAUCAUGUUGUGAUUUAAUGUUAUCAUCUUUGAGAUUUUUCAAUUGUAGAAACGAUUUGUUAACUAUCAUUAUCAAAAGGUUGAAUAAAAAACCAAAGGAUAUAAAAGAUUUCGAAAUCUUCAUCAAAUGUAUCAGGGUUUUGGAAACUCUUUUGACAGAAGAUAAAGAACACGGAGAAAUAUCCAACGACUUGGUUAUGAUUUUAUGUAAAGUUAUAAAAGAUAAAAAGUUUAGAGUCGAUGAAUCAGUUUUAAAUGUAUUUUUAUCUUUAUCAUUACUCGAUGACUAUAAUCCUAAUGACGAAACAAGACCAAAAGAGAAGUUGAAAAAGAAAGACAGAGUACAUUUAUCCAAGAAGCAAAGAAAGGCUAGAAAGGAAUUAAAAGAGAUCGAAGAAGAAAUGGAGAAGGCCAAACAAUCCAUCACAGCAGAAGAAAGAGAAAAGUUCCAAUCAAACGUAUUGAAGACUUUGUUGAAACUUUACUUGGAAACUUUGAAAGCAGGAUCCGAGUCCAUUAAUACCGGAGAGAAGAAUGAUGCCAGUAUGUUACUCGCUUCAGUCUUGGAAGGAUUAUCAAAAUUCGGUAGAAUGGCCAAUUUUGAUUUAUUGGGAGAUUUCUUAGAGAUUUUGAGAGAGAUCAUGGGUGACAUCAUUGAUAAUCACUCUUUAAAUAACGAAGAAAUUGAUGAUGAAAUUUAUGAAGGCGGCUUAUACGAUUCCAAACAGCUUAGAAUGAUCUUGUUAUGUAUUGUUACCUCAUUCCAAUUGAUCCUCAAUCAUUCAACCAUGGGGAGAUUACCCAUUUCAAUUGAUUUAUCCAAAUUUAUUUCAUCUUUGUAUCUUGUAUUGUCAGAUUUAUCAUUAGAUUCAGAUUUGGAAUUCAGUCACAAGACCUUGAGAUUACUUGAUCCUUUGUCACAAGACAAUUACUUGGAAAAACCCUCAGUCAAUGUUUCUACCAAGGCAGAAUUACUUUUGAAUUGUCUCGAUCUGAUUUUCUUCAAAUCCAGGAAUGGAUCCAAUUCAAGAGCCAUCGCAUUCAUCAAGAGAUUAUACAUUUUGAUGUUGCAAACUCCAGAAAAAACUUCUUUGGCUACUUUGAAAUUCAUCGGUAAGUUAGUCAAUAAAUAUGGAGAAUCAACUAAAGGGUUAUGGAACUCAGAAGAAAGAAUUAAUGGUGAAGGUAAUUAUAGUUUAGGUAUCGAAUACAUCAAAGAUGUCGAAUUAGAAAGGCUGAAUGCCGACGCUUCAACAUUAUGGGAAAAUGUUUUGUUGGAUAAGCAUUAUAAUCCAAUGGUCAGAGAUAAUUCAAGAUCUUUAAUGAAAUUAAGUAAAGACCGGAAAUAG